CUCGCGAGAGUUGGGCGAGCGGAAGCGGCGUGUGGCGCGGGGCUGUGUCGUGCCCGUGCUGCGCCGUGCUUGAAGGUCUGUGCCGGCUGCAGCAGGAUGCCGAGCGCCGCCGUCCGCGGCCAGGGCCAGGACCGCCGCCCGGAGAGCGACGAGUCGUCGUCGGCUGAUGACUAUGCUAAGGAAAGAUAUGGAGUGUCCUCAAUGAUACAAUCUCAAGAGAAACCAGAUAGAGUUUUGAUUCGAAUAAAAGACUUGACAGUGGAGAAGGCUGAUGAAGUGGUUUGGGUUCGUGGCAGAAUUCAUACAAGCAGAGCUAAAGGGAAGCAGUGUUUCUUAGUCCUGCGUCAGCAGCAGUUCAAUAUCCAGGCUCUUGUGGCUGUGGGACAGCAUGCAAGCAAGCAGAUGGUAAAGUUUGCUGCCAACAUCAACAAAGAGAGCAUUGUGGAUAUAGAAGGCGUUGUGAGGAAAGCACAUCAGAAAAUUGGAGGUUGUACUCAGCAAGAUGUUGAGCUUCACGUUCAAAGGAUUUAUGUGAUCAGUUUAGCUGAACCCCGACUGCCCUUACAGCUGGAUGAUGCUGUUCGGCCAGAAGUGGAAGGAGAGGAGGAUGGAAGAGCUACUGUAAACCAAGAUACAAGACUGGACAACAGAGUCAUUGAUCUGAGGACUUCUACAAGUCAGGCAAUCUUCUGCCUUCAGUCUGGUAUUUGUCAGCUUUUCCGAGAAACUCUUAUUCGCAAGGGAUUUGUGGAAAUUCAGACUCCCAAAAUCAUUUCAGCUGCCAGUGAAGGAGGAGCCAAUGUGUUUACUGUAUCGUACUUCAAAAGCAGUGCCUACCUGGCUCAGUCCCCACAGCUGUACAAGCAGAUGUGUAUAUGUGCUGACUUUGAAAAGGUUUUUUGCGUUGGGCCAGUAUUUAGAGCUGAGGACUCCAAUACACACAGACACCUGACUGAGUUUGUUGGUCUGGAUAUUGAAAUGGCUUUUAACUAUCACUAUCAUGAAGUGGUAGAUGAGAUUGCAGAUACGUUGGUGCAGAUAUUCAAGGGACUUCAGGAAAGAUUCCAAACUGAAAUUCAGACAGUGAACAAACAGUUCCCCUGUGAGCCAUUUAAGUUUUUGGAGCCAACUCUGAGGCUGGAAUACCGUGAAGCUGUGGCCAUGCUUAGAGAGGCUGGUAUUGAGAUGGGUGAUGAAGAAGAUCUGAGCACACCUAAUGAAAAGCUCCUGGGACGCCUGGUAAAGGAAAAGUAUGACACGGACUUCUAUAUUCUUGACAAAUAUCCUCUUGCUGUGAGGCCUUUUUAUACAAUGCCAGACCCAGUAAAUCCUAAAAACUCUAACUCUUACGAUAUGUUCAUGAGAGGGGAAGAGAUCUUGUCUGGAGCACAGAGAAUUCACGAUCCUCAGCUGCUGACAGAAAGAGCCCAGCAUCACGGCAUUGAUUUGGAGAAAAUAAAGGCUUAUAUCGACUCCUUUCGUUUUGGUGCACCUCCACAUGCAGGUGGUGGAAUAGGGCUGGAAAGAGUAACCAUGCUGUACCUAGGGCUGCAUAAUGUUCGUCAGACCUCCAUGUUCCCACGGGAUCCCAAACGACUGACACCCUAACGUGAGCUGCUUUUGAAAGUUUGAGAUGGUUUGCCCUGCAGAUAUGAUACGAUUGCAAGCAUUUUCCCUGCUACUGAUGAACCUGUAUUGAUUUGAGUAUUGUAAAAUGCAUUAAAAAAAAAAGAAAAAGAACAUCUCAUUUCCUAAAGUGCCAUAAUAUUUUUUUUAUCUUUAGCUCUUUAUUUAAAAGAUAAUAUUUUAACAGAUCAGGACUCUUUGUAUUGGAAACUGUGCAUUGAUUUGAGCAUUUGAUUUGAGCAUUGUAAUAUCCAUUUAAAAAAAAAAAAUCUUAUUUCCUUAAGUGCCACAGUAUUUUAUUUUUUUUGUUACCCUUAGCUGUUUAUUUAAAAGACAGUACUUUAACAGAUCAGGACUCUUUGUAUUGGAAACUGUGCACAUUUUUAAUGAAAAUGUGAUACAUCGAGUUAGUAUUCUGGUGUCACAUUAAAUUGUAUCAUGUUUCUAAACAUUUUAAUAAAUUAUGCAAUAAAAAUUCUGCUAUUUUAAUUUAUGUCAGCAAAAUUGAAUAUCGUGAAGUAAAUUUCCAAGUCGGGAGGAAACCAGGCAGUUGUUAAUUUACAUGAGUGUUAGGUAGAGAAGCAGGUGAGAAAAGGAACAUUCUUACAAAAAAAUCUUCAUAUGAAGUUGUGAAAAUAGAUUGAAAUAAAUCUCUCAAAGUAGAUUAGAUACAAUGUCCGUCUUUCUGGGUUUUGCUCUGUAUCCUCACAAGAUAAUAAUGAAUAAUUGAUCAAGACUCUGGUUGGUUGGUUGGUUGGUUGGUUUUUAAUGAUGCAGUAACUGCCUAAAGUUUAAGUUUGUUUCUUUUUUUUUAAUCUUCUUUCCCUCUCCCCUUUUUUUUUAAAAAAAGUUGCACACAAGCCAUAGGCCUGUUCUUUAUGUUACUAUUUGACAGAAGGUUACACACACUCAUAGAAUACACAAGGAUAUGUAAUACUCUCAGAAAAUAAAUGAAGGGUGAGUUUGAGAGCAGGUCAGCCUCUAGGAUAACAGACAAAUCAAAUCAGCAAUGAUUUACUGUAUCUGUUUCCAAUGAAAGAAAAGCAAAUAAUGUAAGCCAGCCUAUUUCAGGGUUUGUUUUUUUCACUUGUAAAUGCUGCGAACAGCCCCGUUGUUGUACAUCUAGAGAAUUGAGUGUUUCUGGAAGUCAGAGUACUUCUAAAAUUCUAUCUAGACAUCCUUUUUCUCAAAUGAAUCACUUACUUGAACCUCCUCAAUUUGCAGUGAUGUGCAAAGCUACUUCUCUUCCUCCUCCCAACCCAAAGUAUGUGCCCUGCAUUUGGAGAGGAACCAGUGUCUUUGAACUUUCCUUUUACAGACUGCAUCUGAUAGUUGUUUUUCAAAUUUAAAACGUUUUUGUAAGUGUGGCUGCCAAAGAGCAAAGAGAUUACGUUCCUUACUUGGGCAUUGCAAUGGAGUUACUCUAAUAUUCAUACAUAUUUGUAAUUCCUGACCUAAUUUUUGCUUAACAUUUUACAUUAUAAAGUUUUAUUAGGAGGUAUGGUUUAGACAGUCUGUGUUAUUAUUGCUACCUUGAUUUUUAAAUGUCAGAGAAGUCACAUAUUGCUUAUGCUACAAAAAGGUCAGCGAGGCUGUGUAUAAAUUGUGUAGAAUUUCACAAAAGGGCAAAUCAUCUUUUGCAGCUGCCAUUGAACAAGACUUAAUUCUAAUGUUUUGUGACAAGAGUUCUCCAUUAGAAAACAAUCAUACUAAAGGUCAGUUAGGUGAAGUAAUGGAAAUGUAAAAGUUAAACUUAGUUUAGAAGUCACACAACUCAAGGAAUAAAAUACUUUGCAGCUUUG